AUGUACGGCAAUUUAGAUAAUAUAGGAUCAUUAGAAAAAAGCAGCUUACCGCUCUUGGAAAGUAGCAUGCUUGAACAGAUAUUGGCUGACGAUGACGAGCAACACAGUGUGUUACCUAUUACAACAUCUGCUGGUAUACAUUAUAAUCCAAAUGUUAAUCCAGCUGAAUUAACUGAUUUCCCUCGAUCGCGAUCUAUUACACCCAUACCUCCUGAGUUUAUUUCACUUGAAACAGAGUCGCAGUUCCCGGAACCUAUUUCUGAAGCUGAUGUUGUACAUUCAAUCAGUUCACGAAUCACUUCACCGUCCAUUUUAGUCACUGAUACAAGUGCAACAUCACCAGUAAGUGGCGCUUCCAGUUAA